GGAUGUGACUCUGAACCUGAGGAGGAUGACGUUUAAACCCUGCUGGCUGCUGCUUCUUGCUGUCUCUGUUGGGGUCUGGUCAGUACCCAUCAAUCACAAUGGAGGCAACCAGGACGCUAAAGAGGAAGCGCAGGAGGAGAGCGUGGACACUGGUCUGUACUAUGACAGGUAUCUGAGAGAAGUGAUUGAGGUUUUGGAGACGGACCCACACUUCAGAGAGAAACUACAGACGGCGAACACAGAGGACAUUAAGAAUGGUCGUCUCAGUAAGGAGCUGGACCUGGUGAGUCACAAUGUGAGGACCCGCCUGGAUGAGCUCAAGAGGCAGGAGAUUUCUCGGCUCAGGAUGCUGCUCAAGGCCAAACUGGACAGCACCAACACCCCGAGUCUGCAGAUGGACCAUGCCUCCCUGCUGAAGCAGUUUGAACAUCUGGAUCCACACAAUCAGAACACAUUUGAGGCCAAAGACCUGGAGCUGCUCAUCUCCACGGCAACCAGGGACCUGGAGAACUACGAUGCUGAGAGACACGAGGAGUUCAAACGCUAUGAGAUGCUCAAGGAGCAUGAGAGACGGGAGUACCUGAAGAGCCUGGACCAGGAGAAGAGGCAGAAAGAGGAGAAGAGAAUGCAGGAGCUGAAGGAGAAACACCGCCAGCACCCUAAAGUCAACGUUCCGGGUAGUGUUGCUCAGCUGCGAGAAGUGUGGGAAGAGACAGAUGGACUGGAUCCACAAGAGUUUAACCCCAAAACCUUCUUCAAACUUCAUGAUACAAAUGAAGAUGGUGUUUUAGACGAGCAGGAACUGGAGGCUCUCUUCACUAAGGAGCUGGAAAAGGUCUAUGACCCAAAGAAUGAGGAAGAUGAUAUGAUGGAGAUGGAGGAAGAGAGGCUGAGGAUGCGGGAGCAUGUCAUGAAGAAUGUGGAUAUGAACAAAGACCGGCUUGUCAGUUUGCAGGAGUUCCUCAAGUCCAUGGAGAAGAAGGAGAUCAGUAACCCCAAAGAGUGGGAGACUCUAGAAAGCAAACCGGUGUACACAGAGGAAGAGCUCCAACGAUUUGAGGCAGAGCUCAGGGUCAAAGAGGAGGAGCUGAAGCGGAGGGCGGAGACACUGCAUCAGGAACAAGAGCUGCUGAAAGAAAGAGGCAAAGCCCUGGAGGCCCAGCGGAGAGAGUACCAGCAGGCAGUAUUAGCGAUGUCCCAGAGACAGAAGGAGCAGCAGGCAGCAGACGGGCAGCUGCCCAAAGCGGAGCUCAAGACCCAGGCAGAGAAACCUAAAGAGGAGGACAAAGGGGCAGAAGGUCCAGAGAAACAGGAAGCUGAAGCUCAGAAUAAUCUCCCUGCAGAGCCUCCACAGAACCUGCCGUCACACACUUAGUGCAGCAAACACACACUCUGGUUUCCACUGACACACAAAUCCACUCUGGUUCUGAGCCGCCAGUUAAUUUAGGACCUCGUUUUGUCCAGUUGUCUCAGCGAUCCACAUUAGGUGAAAGGUUUUAAACAGAAAUCACUAUUUAUGUACAAAAAUAGGUUUUAUUUUUGUUUCAUCUGCUGUAAAG